AAGGGGUUAUCGUUAUUUGAUCGAUUUCAUCGCACGCUCCUUAGCAACGGAUUCCUUUAUUGACUCGCAAAUGUGACAACCCGUAUUCAUUUCAUAAAAGUCCAACCAUUCCACGAAGGCUUAUACGAAGAGCCCAUGGAGCAAACUAUAGAAAACGAGACCAUGAUUUUGAAAAAAGAGAGUUCUGGCAAUUUCUCCACAAAAAAAUAUGGAGCAGAGAUCGAGGACGAAAUACCCCUUUACAUAUUCGACAUUCUACUGACGGAGAGAAAGUCGAGGUUGGUGGUGAAGUUCAGUACGAGGGAUGGAGGCAUCUUUGCUCAAUCUUUCCUUCCGAAUACUGAUUUUGAAUAUAUAAAAUGCAUAGCCGCUGCUAUAAUUCAGGUGAAACCCAGACGUAUGAAGCCCAACGUUAUAAAACUGAAACUGACGAAGCACGAACAGAUAAACGAAUUCAAAAACGAUCCACAUGAAGCGUUGCCUUGUAUGAUAUCGUCGAAGAAAUUCAUGGAAAAACUCAUAAGACUUUGUGACUACGAAGAGUUGGUGAUACCUGACUAUAUGUGUGUAACGAUAACGGAUUCUGUGACUGAUACAACCAAAUGUGUACCUGUUGAAGUGUACAACAGGGCCAUAGACAAACCAUGGGACGGCGGUUACAGGAACAUGAGGACAGGGAUAGAAUUCCACAACGCUUUCUCUCAGACAGGUCCUCGGCCCCCUGUUAGAGGUCCUGAUCUGAUGAGCACUAGGGAUACACAAACCAGCUGGUGCAGAAACAGAAAAUUGGACAUGCCCUACUCGCAAGCUACCCAGAUGUAUAAAAACGACUUGUUUGUGUCAUGUAUAACUGACCGAAUCCUAACCCCACGUCCAUAUGAGUGUUCAGAAGAUCGCCAGAGACGCUUGAACACAGAAGCAAAGAUCCGAACUAUCCAGAGGUAUUUCAGGGCUUGGAAAAUGAGGAGAAGUUUAAAGAGACUGCACGCCGAGUACCAAGAUCGCAAAAUGAAAGAAUUUGCUAGAAGAGAGGCGGAAUUGGAAGAUGAUAGACGUAGAAGGAGGAAGGAUCUUAUUUGUCAAGUAUUUCCAAAAUCCAGGAUCGAUUUUGCAAUGCUCUACGCUAUCGCGGAUAAAUGGAAGCGAGGCGAAAUUUCUAAAAUAUCUUCGAUGUACUGUGGACCGGCUAAAGUUGCGGAGCUUGCGUUGCUUUCUGAUAAGGAGGUGGAAGUAUUCAAGGCUAUUGAAAAGCUGCAACAAGUCGUAAAAAGAGAUGCUGUUAAACAGAAAGAAUUGAGUUAUCUAAAAAAAUUAGGAGAACCAACUAAAUGGUACUGCAGUUACAAAUAUCUCCCAGUGCAGUUGGAUUCCUUAGAAAAUCAGAAAGCGAGAGAAAUAGAUGCUCUUUAUCAGAAAAUCGUUGAUAGAAGUGUGUCAGAGCCCAAAAGAAUGGACGCUUUGUUCGAGCUAAAAUUAUCUCUUAGAAACGACGAUUGUGAAAUAGCCAUCGAACUAAAUAAACUCAUAGAUAGAGCGUUGAGCCUUCUUUCAAGAGGUUUUUCAAACAGAAAAGUCGAGGUAUUGCAAAAAAGGAUCGACUCAGCCAUGAUGUAUCAUUUCAAGCAGAAAGAAUGUUUUGAUUUCCUAACGGCAAAGCAAGAAAAAACGAAGAAGGAGUUCAUGAAGAAGAAUCUCUUUGUUUGUCAACGUUGCGAGAAAAUGAAAACACUGGAUCUCUUCAAAUUCGAUGCAAGAACUCAACAGAUCAACAUUUGUAACGCUUGCAGAUGGUUAGAUAGGACUGUGCAACCUUGGGCUGACCUAUCUCCUUAUCAUUUCAUCCUUGAUCAAAUUAGAAAAAUGGAACGCUUAAAUAACUCUCCAUCUUCAGUUGCUUAUAUUCUUCAAGAUGAGGAUAUACAUCAUUUGGUUACCCGAAUUUGGCAUUCACAUUCUGCAAUUUCUGAAUGCAAGGACAUAUAUAAUUUGAGGAUGUUGCGAUGGAAUAGAGAUGAAGAUUGGUCGCCUUGGAACUGUAUUUUAUUAACUCUUGAAGAAGGAAAGGCCCAUGUUAAAAUCGAAAAUCUUGAACGGGUAUAUGAAGAGGAGUUCAUAAAUCAUAUUUUCAACAAGCACGCUCUAGCAAAGAAACAUUUUAAAGAUCUUAUUUCAAUCGAGCGACAGUUUAAAACCCUCCAUAAGGUAUCAUCUGUCGAUGGUCUCGACCCAAAUGGAUAUAAUGAUUUUCGAAAAAUAUUCAAGAUUGACCGUAGUAAACGUCUUUACUUUUAAAUUAUGUGGUCGUAGUUUGUUUAAUAAAAUAUUUGUAGACGAAUUUUAUACUCACCUACUUUGAUCUUGGUUUGAUCAGUAACAUUUUAUACUCAAACCAGAGGACCCAACAGACGUCCUGUAAUAUAACAUUGAACGCAACGUCGAGUAACUAGUGAAAUUUUUUGCCUUAUAUUUGCAUAUUCAUAUUCAUAUUAUCCUGUUUCUCCAUAGUUACCGAGGUACCCUUCAGAAGCUCCGUAAAGCUUGUACGAGUUCGGAAAAAAACAAUCACUAUACGCUUGACUGGCAAGUUUUCUCGUUUGAGGUUGCUUAUCGAAGGGGACGUUGAAUUUUUGAAAUAUUGAAAGCAUCGGAAAUAUUGUACUUUGAACUCCGCUUGUAAUUCUGAAAUUGAUUUGAAAAGACAAUGCGUGAAGAGUCUGACAGUACACCCAUAUUAUUAUUGGAACAUAUAUGGUCAGUGUAGAUGACACCAUGAGAAUCAUUUUUGCCGUACGACAUUUAAAGGAAAGUGUACCCAUUGUGUGAGUUAAGAUUAAAACAGAAACAAGUAACAAGGGUCUAAAUCUCACAGAUUUAUUGCUCGAAAUCACGACCGGUCUUGGGAUGUCUAAACGCAUCCCAUCUUCAGGUUCCUACAAAAGAUUUUUCUGAGUUGUUACCUAGGUAACAAAAUGACAAAAAAAUACCAACCUGUGAUGGACUACAGUUAGAAACU